UGAGGGGAGUUCACUUUAUCUGACAUCUCUCACCUGCCAAGUUGUGAGAUCUCUGACUCCUGUUAGCAAUUCACUCAUCAGCUCUCCUAUAUCACCAGAAUGCCUCUGCAGUUUGAAUUGUGUCCCGGUAGAAUGAUCGGAGGUAACCAUCCAUGCUUCAUCAUUGCUGAAAUUGGACAAAACCACCAGGGAGACAUUGAGAUUGCUAAGAAAAUGAUCAAGAUGGCAAAGGACUGUGGUGCUGAUUGUGCUAAAUUCCAGAAAAGUGAAUUAGAGUACAAAUUCAGCAAGCGAGCCUUGGAGCGCCCCUACAAUUCAAAACACUCCUGGGGCAAAACAUACGGCGACCACAAGCGUCACUUGGAGUUCAGCCACGAUCAGUACAAGGAACUGAAAAAGUAUGCGGAAGAGAUUGGCAUCUUCCUCACAGCUUCUGGCAUGGAUGAGAUGGCUGUGGAGUUCCUCCAUGAGCUGGAUGUGCCUUUCUUCAAAGUUGCCUCCUGCGAUGCCAACAACUUCCCCUAUCUGGAGAAAAGUGCCAAAAAAGGACGUCCCAUGGUGGUGUCCACUGGGAUGCAGUCCAUGGAGACAAUACGUCGAGUCUACAAGACAGUGAAGGAGCACAACCAGAACUUCACUCUGCUGCAGUGCACCAGCGCCUACCCUCUGGAUCCUAAAGACGUCAACCUCAGUGUGAUCACGGAAUACCAGAGGGAAUUCCCAGAUGUUCCCAUCGGAUAUUCCGGACACGAGCAGGGGAUCUACAUCACCGUGGCUGCCGUGGCGAUGGGGGCAAAGGUUGUGGAACGCCAUGUGACCCUGGAUAAGACCUGGAAGGGGAAUGACCAUGAAGCAUCCCUGGAGCCCUCAGAGCUGGCAGAGCUGGUCCGAGCCAUCCGGCUGGUGGAGGUGGCGAUGGGAUCUCCUGUCAAACAGAUGUUACCCUGCGAGAAGAACUGCCAUGAUAAGCUGGGCAAGUCAGUGGUGGCCAAGGUGGCCAUCUGCAAAGGCACGGCGCUGUGCCUGGACAUGUUUGCAGUGAAGGUUGGUGAGCCAAAGGGCAUACCUCCAGAAAACAUGCAACAGCUGGUGGGCAAGAAGCUCAAAGUGGAUGUGGAGGAGGACGACAGCAUCUUGGAGAACAUGAUAGAAUAAAGGAUCCUCCACAGAGGUUGGGAGAGAGAGGCGGACAGACAGAGACAGAGAGAGAGAGAGAGAGAGAGAGAGAGAGAGAGAGAGAGAGAGAGAGAGAGGCAGACAGGUGGAAGACGGAAAGACAAUGUUUGCAGUGCAUGAUCAGAAAGAGACAUAGAGAGAAUGAGAGGGAAGAAAUGAGUGGAACAGAAGAUUAAGUCUGUGUGUCUGGGUGAAAGAGAAAGACAAGAGGGUUGAUAAAUAGAAAUGCAGUCAGAGAAAGGCAAAUUACAUUGAAGAUGAACAGGUUUGAACAGAUCUUAAAAUGAUACCACAUGAUGCCAAUAGCUUAACCAAACAGGGUGUGUGUGUGAAAUGUAAUUACCAACAAACUGUAAUUAACGUGGUGUUGACAAAUCAGUUUACACCACCCAACUGAGAAUUUUGUCAGCAGUAAAAUCUGGGAUGAGAAGCCACACGUUCAUACUCCACGAUCUGAAAUUAAACCCUGUAAAUGUGAUGCUGGCAUUUCUGCUUGUCCCCUGUAUUCAAAUAAUAACAUGUUCUCAAACUAAAAGCGAAAAACAAAGUGGAGUUGCAUGGCUGCUGUGUGAUUUGCACAUCUUUGACAAGAUAAAUAUGAACACGCCUGUACCAGGGAAUGAAAAUAUCAGCUGGUAAUGUCAGCUAUGUUUGCAUCUCUGCACUGCCACAGCCCUCUAAAAGAUAAAUAUUUGCACCACCAGUCCCUGUCCAAACUAAGAAAUGCACCACAGCUGGCUUGUAAAAGUUCCUCACUUAAUGAUAAUAUUUCUCAUAUGUGGUAUGAACAUCAUCUCUGGAAUGAUCGGUCCCUGCCUAAUUUUCCCAGCAGUGAAUCAUAAUAAAAUAGUGUGGUGUGGUUACAAAUGCAAAUAUAUUUAGGCUGUACUUGAAUUAUGUGCAGUGCCUAUACUGAAUUUGUGGGGAAUGUCACAGACAAAUGGUGUUCGGAUUUCAUGUGCAACAACUGUUGAUUCCACAGUUGUGGCCCUUUCAUAGUAAUCAAUGUUUCUGUGUUGUUAGUCUUGUAAAUAAAAAAGGGUGUUAGAAA